ACAGAUUGACGGAUUGGUGGGACUUUUAAUUGUCGAAGCGUCAGCUCCGGGUCACAGCUGUUUGGAUUGUGAAAGAUGGCGGCGCCCAGUGAGCUGUUCUGCUGGAAGGAUGGCUUGGGUUUACCGUCAGUAAACACGGACUGUCUCAUCGUGCUGGCAUAUGCUCGCUUUGCUGGAGCUCCGCUCAAAAUUCACAAGAUUUGUAACCCCUGGAGAAGCCCAACAGGGUCACUUCCUGCUCUCAGGACCAAAGAUGAAGGCAGCUGCUCCCAACCCAGUCAGAUCAUCAUUCAGUUGAGGAAACAGAAAUACAAUGCAGACUUUGAUCUGUCGGCCAAAGAGGGCGCAGACACGCUGGCCUUCAUCUCACUGCUGGAGGAGCGGCUGUUACCUGCACUGAUCUAUGCUUUAUGGAUCGAUCCUAAAAACUAUGUGGAGGUGACGCGCCGCUGGCAUGGAGAGAAUAUGUCCUUCCCGCUCAACUUCUUCCAGCCGGGCCGCAUGCAGAACAGACAGCUUGAGCGACUCCGCCUGAUCCGGGGAAACAGUUCGCUGGAGGCAGGGGAAGAGGCAGAGAAGGAGCUUUACCACGAUGCUCUGGAGUGCCUCAAUCUUCUCUCUCAGCGUCUGGGAUCGAACAAAUUUUUCUUUGGCGAUUCGCCCUCUUCUCUAGAUGCAUAUGUCUUUGGUCAUCUAGUUCCGCUUAUCAAGAUCCGUCUGCCUAACUGCCAACUGCAGCAGAACUUGAAGAAUCUGGACAACUUGAACACAUUUUGCUGUAACAUCCUGAGCUUGUACUUCCCCAGCGAGAGUAAAGAGGGCGUCAAUCGUCCGAUGUCCAGCACACAGCAUGGGAGCGACUUUGACAACGAGCCAUAUAAGAGACGCAAGCAGCUGCUGUCAGUGCUGGUCGCAGUCGCAGCGAUGCUGAGCUACGCUCUCUUCACCGGCAUAGUAGCUAUUGAGCAUGUGCAGGAGGGGGAGCCCAUAGGCCCCGCCUCACUCAGAGGCCCCUCCCAUGAGGAAGAGGAGGACUGAAUGAGGAUGGUGGAAGAAAACACAGGAACAACAUAUUGUUAGGGAUUCAUGUAUAAUUUAUUCCUUGAGCUUUAAUUGCAUGAUAAUCUUUGGUUUUAUAUCUUAUAUUUUCCAUAGAGCUGCAUUCGUUGUUUUUAUCUUUUUCACUGGGUAUAUUCACCUGUGUUUUCUUUUCUCGUACCGAAAAAAAAAAACUGUUUAUGGCUACAAAUGUUAAGCUAGGUUUAGCGGAGAAAGCACUUAAAACUUCAACGUCAUCACCAAACACAUCGUUCAUUGUGGACCAAAACAUGGCUUUAUGAUAAUGAGAUUAACAUCUCUUAUGUGCUAUUGCCUUAUUUGAUGCUCUGUGUUUUUCUUUUAAUACAUUUUAUUUGCACUCCUGUGUUUUUCUGCUCUGCUGUCAGUACUGGUCUGCUGUUAUGGAUCUAUAUACUUGAGAGAGAUUAAUAUUUAUAUUAAUGUGAUGAUCCUAUUGAGUGAAAUAGGAAAUUACCAGUAUUUUAUGACUUAAAUCACCAAAAACAUGUCAUUUAUUCUACUUCAUGUCUCAUUCCAAACCUGUGCGACUUGGUUUCUCAUGUGAAAUAGAAAAGGACAUAUUAUGUAAAAUGUUAACAUCGAUUUCCUCUCAAUUAAAGUGCAGAUUUGUGCUCCUGAAGGAGAAAAGUAUUUCAAACAACUUGUGAUCUAUUUUCUAAAUAUUCUACAACCAUACUUUAUUUAAUUUAUAUAGUUGUUUACAAAUAAUAUCCCUCUUGGCUGUUGGAACUUAUUUGCACUGUAUAUCCUUUCAAAUAUGCAUAUGCAUUUAAAAAUUUGUAUCAGCAUGUUCGGUCACAUGUGAGAACCAAUAGCGCUUGGCAUCACUAAUUUGUGCAUUGCACAUUUGAAUAUUAUGCCACAUUGUACAGAAAACGCUGACUUAAACAGGAUGAUUAAAAAGAUGUUCUUUGGUGGCAAUCAUACGUUCACAACAACACAAGGGUGAGUUAAAGAUGACAGAAUUACAAGUUUGGAAUACGCAAACCUUUUAAACACUUUCAGCUUACUGCAAAGGAUAAAGUUAUUGAGGAUUAGAAAUGGAAAAUGCAUAUUUUUUAGGAGAACGUAACUGAUUUUUAAAGCCAGAAGUUACUGUCCAAAGAAAUCUUUGCUGACAGACCACAAAACUGGCUAAGAUGUUUCAGUUCCUGUAACUUUCCAUGAGGUCCAUGGCAGUUAAACUAAAGGAGAGUGAUUUUUGUUUUAUCUAGUUAAACUGUUUAAAAGAGAAACAAUGGAUUAAUGAAGAUGUCUAAUUUGGGUAUUGUUACUUAUUGUUUGUUGUCCUUUACUCUCUCUCUCUCUCUCUCUCUCUCUCUCUCUCAGUAUCUUUGUUUUAGACCAUAAAGCUCCAAAACUAGUUCACUA